CCGCGACGUCACCGCGGCGCGUCGACGGGGUCGACUCGACAUGACGGACGACGCGCGCGCGCUCGACGCCCUCGUCCAGCGCGCGCGCGCGUCGACGCCGGACGGCGCCGACGCCGUGCGCCAACUCCGAAACCUGUGCGUCGACGCCGAAGGUCCCGCCGCGCCGUUCACGAAGACGCCGCGCGGCGCCAUGCUCGUCGCGCUCAUCUCCGUCGUCGUCCGAAACGUCGGGUUGCAAGACAAGGUCGGCGCGCUUCGAGCGCUGUCGCUGCUGAAGGCGAACGACGACGCGCUGCGGCGCGCGGCGCGCGCGGGCGCCGUCCCGGCGCUGGCGCAAAGGCUGCGGGACGAAGACGGCGCGGGACGGACGAGCGCGGACGCGGCGAGAGCGCUGGGCGCGAUGGCGAGCUCGUCGGACGUGUGCCAGAUGAUGAUAAGGUCCGGAGUGUUGGGAAAUUUGAGCGAGGCGUGCGCGCGAGCGGCGAGCGAGGAGACGGGAGAGGCGAGCGAGACGGCGCGAUUCGCGGCGGACGCGCUGCGGCGGUUGAGCGGACGAAGCGAUGCGUACGAUUCGAGGGCGCUGUUUCCGAUCUCGAGCGAUCCGAGCGCGCUAGAUUUGACGACGGAGUCCGCGGUGCGAAGCGUGGUGGAGGUGCUGAUGAGCGAGGCGACGGUGGCGCACGGGGAGGCGAGCGCGGCGCUCGGAAGAAUCGCGAGCUCGGGCGCGACGGGCCGAAGGGCGGUGGCGCGAUGCGGCGCGGUGUUACCGCUCGUCACCGCCGCGCUGGGCGGGGAGCGACAGCGCAACGCGUCGCUCGCCGCGCUGCGAAGCGUCGCGGGCGUCGACGCCGGCGCGUCGGCGAUGAACGGAACGACGCAGAACGACGGGUGGUACUCGGACUCGGACUCGGCCUCGGCGCGCCGCGAUCGCGAAGAGUUGACGAUGGCGGAAAAGCUCGCGAACGCGAACGGCACCGCGUCCUCGCUCGGUGGGCUGAAUUUUUUUCACGAUAUGAUUGAUCUUUUGAGCUCGCUCCUGGAGCUUCGGCACAGUCUCGAGCCCGCCGCGGCGGACGCGGCGCUCGCGCUGUGGGCGCUCGCGUGGCAACCGAGCAACCGCGAGCACAUGACGAAUCGAGUCACCGCGCGACUGAUGGCGCUCGCGCGCGAAGGGUGCGCCACGUCGCGCGACGACGCGCUCAGUGUGCUGAGUGUGCUCGCGCUCGACGAAGGCGGCCGCGAAGCGAUUCACGCGCAAACCGGCGGCGCAAAGCUGCUCGAUUACCUCCAAGGCUCGGAAGGAAAUUCGCCGCGCGCGUUCGACGGCGAAACCGUGGAGAUGAGUUUCGACGAACUCAUCGAGCGACGCAGUCCGUUGGGCGACCUAGAGAAAUCGAGCACGGGGUUAUCCGCCGCGGUGUCGCGAAUGCACUGCGCGUGA